AUGGUCUGUUUAGCAUUGUCACAUGUCCGACAUGUUAGUCAAUCUAGAUCAAGAAGAAGAUGGAGAUGGGUCAGUUUGGUCGCAUGGGUGCGAGUGGACACACAGACAAUCCUAUCAAUUCACCACACAGUGAUCACACAGAACCCGCGCGUGUCACUAUCAUACAACGACCAUCGCUCCUGGUACCUCCACAUCAGGAAUGUGCAAGAGGCGGACAGGGGGUGGUAUAUGUGUCAGGUCAAUACGGACCCGAUGAGGAGUCGACAGGGGUACCUCCAAGUUGUUGUCCCUCCUUCGAUUGUGGACAAGGAGACAAGCACAGACAUGGUGGUUCGUGAGUCGGCCAACGUGACAUUGACAUGUAAGGCCCAGGGCUACCCGGAGCCUUACGUCAUGUGGAGGAGAGAGGAUGGAGAGUACAUUAAUUAUAAUGGAGAAACAGGUAAGUAA